CGCCUUUCACAUGAUCUGAAAGCUCCCUCUGAGAUAGAGACAGGAAUGUGGAAAGGAGCGACAACAUCGAUGGCUGAACGAAGCCAAAGGAUUUCCACAAUGCGUUCGUUUUAUGCUGCAUUAAUCGGGCUGGCAUUCAUCCUUCACACUCAUGGAGUCCCUUGGACAGAGGAAAAGCUCAGGCACAGAGCGCUUAAACUAAGUGAGGAUGAGAUCCGUACUGCCCUCUCUCACACCGAUCUGGCACAGAUGUGGCAGAGGGAUCUCAGGCCAUUGCUGGUUACCCGGUACCCGGGCUCUGCUGGCAGCCAGGCAGUUCAGGACCAUAUAAAAACAACACUCGGUUCCCUCGGAGCAGGCUGGGAAGUUACGGAGGACAGUUUUGAGUCACAAACGCCAUAUGGACCGCUGCCCUUCACCAACCUGGUUGCCACACUGAACCCAUCGGCCAAGCGCCACCUGGUUCUUGCCUGUCACUACGACUCCAAGUACUACCCCUCUGAGGGGCACGGGAGGGAGUUUCAAGGCGCCACAGACUCAGCUGUCCCAUGCACCAUGAUGUUGGAGCUGGCACGAGCCCUGGAUGAAGAACUGAAGACUCAGAAGAGCUCCAACUCCAAUCUGACCUUGCAGUUGAUCUUCUUUGAUGGUGAGGAGGCUCUUUUCCAGUGGACCUCCACGGACUCGCUGUACGGCUCUCGCCACCUGGCAGAGAAGAUGGAGAGCACCCCGCAUCCCGAAGGAGCCAGAGACACCAACCAACUGCAUGGCAUAGACCUGUUGGUUCUGCUGGACCUUAUUGGGGCCCCUCAUCCCAUCUUCGGAAACCAGUUCCCCAGCACCACCUCCUGGCUCACCAGACUGCAGGACAUUGAAAAACGUCUGCAUUCUAUGAACCAGCUUGUUGAGCAUCCUAACAAUGUGCAGUACUUCUGGCCUAAUCGUCCAGUCGGCCGUAUUCUUGACGAUCAUAUACCGUUCCUAAACAGAGGUGUUCGGAUCCUCCACCUCAUACCCUAUCCCUUCCCGUCUGUGUGGCACACAUUUGAUGACAACGAAGAAAACCUGGAUCGCUCCACAAUUCAGAACCUGAACAAGAUCUUUCAGGUUUUUGUUUUGGAAUACCUCAACACCAGGCCCAGCAUUCCUUCGAAUCCACAAAAUGCCCCAUGAGCCUUCCCAUCAAUGUAUUAUCGUGAUGUCAAGCUCUUCACCUGAAAGUAUGCACUAUGUUAUAAGUUGUAACUCCAUGUAUGCAGGAGUCACACAUAGACGUUUUAAUGUUUUCUUACUAAAGCAACCUAUUAUCUAAAUGCUUAAUAAAAGAGAUUAAAGUUUAAAUUAUUGUCAUUAUUUUUUAUGUUUUGCAACAAUAUAACUACAAACCUCAAUGUAUUUUACUGGGAUACUAUGUGAUUGACCACCAGAGAUUAGUGUAUAAUUCGAAAGUAGAAGGAAAAAGUCAUUUUUUUGUUUUUACAAAUAAAAUGUUAAAAAUUGUGACUUGCAUUAUUGUUAUAACUAAAUAAAAUCUAAACACAUGGAGAGUAAAUACAAAGGGGUCUGAAAACAAAAGGAAGCAAGACUUUUUUUCUUCUUCUAUUUUUAUGAACCGAACAAAAUCUGUCCUUUCAGAAUUAUACACUACCGUGUUUUGGUCUAUCACAUAAACUCCCAGAAAUAUAUUUUUGGGGGGGUUAAUGUGUCAUGAAUACUCUCACACAUCAGAUGAAAAGAUCACCAGUCUUUUCUGAUUCAGCUUUAAAUAUAUGAUUACCCGACAGGUCAAAGCUUGUGAUAAUUUUGUAAUGAACAUCUAAAGGCACAUCCCAAUUUUGAUGCCAAAUGCCAUCCUAUAUACCUGGAUCUGUGGGGUUUUUUGUUUGUUUUUUUUAGGAAAUAUUACUUGGCCACCCACACUGACAUGGCCCAACUGAGUGGAAUAAGGUUUUAGCAGCAGGUUAUUUAACAUUUUUUCACCCUCUGUAAAUCUGUUCAGUGUUUAGUCAGCAAACCUGCCAAAGGCAGGAAGUUGGGCUCAUUCUCACUGAAGCAACUCUCUCAAGCUCUUUACAUCCUGUCGUCUCACACAGAAAAGCAGAUUACUUCCUCUGCUGCUCUUUCAUGUGUCUGCUUUUGUUUAUAUGAAAUUGUUAGCCUGUUUCUAUCAUGUAAAGGGAACAACUAAUAAAUGUUUAUGCAG